UGUUGUUCUUUCCAAUCUCACAACAUCCACACGUCUCUAAUUAACCACACACAAUCCAGAGUAAUUCAUCAACGUACAAAAACUGAAUAAACAGAAAAUUUUCACAAGAGGGAAAACAAGGAUCAAGCUCCACAAGCUGGUGGGAAAAAAGGGUAGGAGAAACCACCCUCCUUACCCUCUGUUUUCACAAAGUGGUGUUUGGCUUCCCCUGUUUUUGCAGAAAACAGAGCAAAAUACAGAGAGAAAGAGGGAAAUGAGGGUAUGGAAAAAGGCCACAGGAGCUCUCAAAGACAAGAACAGCAUUUGGGUUGCGAAAUUCUCUCGAAAGGGACCAUUUCGAAACCCUGAUCUUGAAACGGUGAUCAUCAAGGCUACGAGCCAUGAUGAACACAGCAUUGAUUGCAAGAAUGUGCAGAGAGCCUUCAAAUGGCUACACACCUCGCCUCUGUAUUUGAAACCUCUGGUUUGGGCUCUGUCGAUUCGAAUGCAAAAGACUAAGAGUUGGGUUGUUGCUCUCAAAGGCUUGAUGCUCAUUCAUGGCGUUUUCUGCUGUGAUCUCCCUGUGGUGCAGAGAAUGGGGAGGUUACCUUUUGAUUUCUCAAAUUUCUCUGAUGCCCAUUUGGCUCCUGCAAAAGCUUGGGGAUUCAACGCUUUCGUUCGCGCCUAUUUCGCGUAUUUGGAUCAGAGAUCAGCUUUUGUUUCCUCUGAGGUUAAGAAGCAGAAGAACAAGGAGGGUGAAGUUGAGGGGACAUUGAUGGAGGAGCUUGAGAAGUUGCAGAAAUUGCAGGCCAUGAUUGACAUGCUUCUGCAGAUCAAGCCGAGGAACACGGACAUGAACGUUGGUCUUGUUCUUGAGGCCAUGGAUUGUGUCAUUGUUGAGGUUUUUGACGUGUAUAGCAAGUUUUGUAAGAAGAUUGCAACGGUGUUGUUGAGGAUUUAUGAUGUAGGUGGGAAAUUGGAAGCGAGUAUGGGACUCAAGGUUCUGCAGAAAGCAUCUGUUCAGAGAGAUGAACUUUCUGAGUACUUUGAGUUUUGCAGGGUAAUUGGUGUUCUUAAUGCCUCUCAAUGCCCCAAGAUUGAGAGAAUCCCUGAAGAAGAUAUUAGAGAUCUUGAGAGGAUAAUCAGUGGUGCCUCUGCAAAGAAAAGUAAUAAUGGUGUUGUUGAUGGGAAUGAGGAGGAGAAGGCCAUUGUGGUGAGAGAUUUCUCUGCCUCUUCAAUCAUUGAAUCAGAGAAAGGUUUGAUUACUGUGAUCACACACCAAUGGGAGGUGUUUGAUGAUGAUAUUUUGGUUGAUGUUAGAGGGAAUAAUAAGGUUUGCAAUGGUGUUAUUGGCACAACAACAACCAACCCUUUUGAGGAAUCAUAUAGCCUUGUACCUUAUGUUCCUCAUGUUGCUCACAAUCAAGUUCUUCCUGAUUUAAUUAGUUUGUAGAAUCAUAGCUUUGAGGUUUAUGCAUGGUCCACUUUUCAUUUUACAAGAUUCAUUAUGUUAUACAUGUAAAGGGUUUUGAAUUGCGGCCACAACGUAAAGGGCUCUCGUGAUGGCACAACCGCAACUGCGACCACAAAUAAAAGGUUUUGGAGCCCCUCCAACGGCUUUGCGGUCGCAAUUGCAGCUGCAUCAACCCGCAUUUGUCCGCAAUUCCGCACUGCAUCCGCAACCUCAACCGCGAUUUAAAACCCUUUGCAUGAUGUAUGAUGUAUCCAUACUUUUGGGAGAAAGGUGAGCAUGGGGAAGUGGCAUGUACAUCCAAAUGGUUAAUGUUCUUCAAAUGUCUUCUCCACAAUAGCAGAAGAGUUUUUUUGCUCCACCUUCUUCUGUAUUAGGAAAAUUUUAUGACAUAUGUAAAAUUCUGUUAUUGUUAAUGUUAUAUGAUAAUUAGAUAUUGAAAUUACAGAGAAUGUCUUGACAUCUUCUUUAUU